GAACUCCAACAGCAAAAACGACCGCAGGAACCGCAAGUUCAAGGAGGCUGAGCGGCUCUUCAGCAAAUCCUCGGUCACCUCGGCUGCGGCCGUCAGUGCGUUAGCUGGAGUUCAGGACCAGCUCAUCGAGAAGCGGGAACCAGGCAGCGGGACGGAAAGCGACACUUCUCCAGACUUCCACAAUCAGGAGAAUGAACCCAGCCAGGAGGACGCCGAGGAGCUGGAUGGAUCCGUGCAGGGGGUGAAACCCCAAAAAGCCGCAUCCUCCACUUCUGGGAGCCACCACAGCAGCCACAAAAAACGGAAGAACAAAAAUCGGCACAGGUAUGUAUAUUAGGUUAGGCUGGGAAGUUUUUUUUAAAAACAGAAAAGCGUGAUGGAGGAUUGAUCUCAAGUUAAACAAAAAGCCGAGAGCUGUAAGUAUCAGUGCUCUGUCAUUGUUUUCGUUGCACAUCCGUAGGCUUGAGUGGCUGGCUGGCUGCUAAUCCUGGAAAGCCUCCUUCUGCCGUGACUUAAGAUGUUGUUUUUGUGGUUGGGGAAUGUCUAGGGAUGAAGCGUAAGCAUUGUCUUCUGGAUUUAAUAGUAAAUGAGCCCAGGUAGGCUUGUUAUGGAGCACCUAGGCCGCGUGCACUUCUCAUGAACAAAAAAGCUCUUUUGCAUCUUUCUGUUUUGUCAUGAAGUGCACCAAUAAAAGCCCCCGGUUUGGGCUGAAAAAGCAGCUCUUUUCUCUCUUGCCUUCAACUAAUGGUAUGUAGAAUGAGGGAAGGCUAGGAAUCCCGGCUCUGCGAGCAGAGAUGGAAAUAGAAAGGUCUUAACGUGCCCGUCUUCUCCUAUCUCUGCAGGACUACUAGACACAUCAGUGCUGAAGAUUCUGGGAUCUGGGCCUACGUGAAUCCCCACCGAGAAUAACUCCAGUCGUCUGAAUGAGCACAAUGGCAGCUCUCUGGCCACGUGUGUGCAGAAGGGAGUGGUCCACUCUAAAGAACUCGGGGGCGUGGGGGGGGGGGGGGGGGGAAGGGAGGGGAGAAAGUCUGGGACGUGUCUUUGUAUCAUUUUUAGAUCACCUGAGUUACAGGAGACAAAGGUGUAGUAGUAGUAGUCUUCAAUUGCUGGCUGUUCUGUGCUUCCAGCUCAGUCGGGGACUUCCUUCAAUUGGCUGAUCUCACUGCUGCCGCUGUAAAACCCUGGGGAGGCAUUUCCUUUCCUGCUGGAAUCGGGCUGUGAUUCAGUGUGUCCCAUCCGUGCUGUAAGACUUAGGUUCCUUUUGUUACUGAUACUUAGCUUUGUGGUUUUGUUUUUGUUCCUUUGUUCGUUUGUUUGUUUUUAAACCCGAGUGUAUAGUUAAUAAACGGGCUUCGGGUUGGUUUGUUUUAAUCCCUGUAGAGAGGAAGGUUCUUGGUUUUGUGGAGCAGCUCAGUUUGACUCUUAGGUAAGCAGAGAACAAGGUGGCUGGCUGUUUUUCUCUGACUUUGCUUUUAAAGGCCAUGCCCUGACGCUGACACCGUGCUUUCAGAUGCAGAGGAGGCUGGAGCUCAGAGCCAUCUUGCUCUUUGCUGGCUUUGACGUUGGGUGGAUUCUCUUUUUAAUACAAACUUCCGCCAUUUGUACAUAACCAAUAAAAGUUACAUUUCUCUCUCUC